AUGGGAGGAGAUAAAGUGGAAUUUAAGAAAGAUUUCACAAAGUUGAUUAUAUCUCAACAGAUUUCAGAAGGAUACAGGGAUUAUCCUAAACAGCAUAUACACCUUUUCUCGUGUAGGAGAACUAAUUGUUUACCACCUUUUCCGAAUAGAGAGUUCUUUAAGGAUGGGGAUUAUGUUUUAGUUAUAUCUUUAUUUUCGAAUUUCUUAAACAGCAGUCGAUGCUGUGAAACUGACGUCUUGUUUCUUGAUGAUGAAAAUGAAGUUGAAAGACCAGAAGAAGAAAAUACCAGUGCCAAUAAUCCUCCAUCUGGAAAUGAAGAUGAAACUGCUGAGAAUGGAGUACCUAAACCGAAAGUGACUGAGACUGAAGAUGAUAGUGAUAGCGACAGUGAUGAUGAUGAGGAUGAUGUUCAUGUCACUAUAGGAGACAUUAAAACGGGAGCACCACAGUAUGGGAGUUAUGGUACAGCACCUGUAAAUCUUAACAUCAAGACAGGAGGUAGAGUUUAUGGAACUACAGGAACAAAAGUCAAAGGAGUAGACCUUGAUGCACCUGGAAGCAUUAAUGGAGUUCCACUCUCGGAGGUAGAUUUGGAUUCUUUUGAAGAUAAACCAUGGCGUAAACCUGGUGCUGAUCUUUCUGAUUAUUUUAAUUACGGGUUUAAUGAAGAUACCUGGAAAGCUUACUGUGAAAAACAAAAGAGGAUACGAAUGGGACUUGAAGUUAUACCAGUUACCUCUACUACAAAUAAAAUUACGGCCGAAGACUGUACUAUGGAAGUUACACCAGGUGCAGAGAUCCAAGAUGGCAGAUUCAAUCUUUUUAAGGUACAGCAGGGAAGAACUGGAAAUUCAGAAAAGGAAGCAGCCCUUCCAUCUACAAAAGCUGAGUUUACUUCUCCUCCUUCUUUGUUCAAGAGUGGACUCCCACCAAGCAGAAACAGCACCUCUUCUCAGUCUCAGACAAGUUCUGCCUCCAGAAAAGCCAAUUCAAGCGUUGGGAAGUGGCAGGAUCGAUAUGGGAGGGCCGAAUCACCUGAUCUAAGGAGGUUACCUGGAUCAAUUGAUGUUAUUGGUCAGACUAUAACCAUCAGCCGAGUUGAAGGAAGGCGACGGGCAAAUGAAAACAGCAACAUACAGGUCCUUUCUGAAAGAUCUGCUACUGAAGUAGACAACAAUUUUAGCAAACCACCUCCAUUUUUCCCUCCAGGAGCUCCUCCCACCCAUCUUCCACCUCCUCCAUUUCUUCCACCUCCUCCAACUGUCAGCACUGCUCCACCUCUGAUUCCACCACCAGGUAUUCCAAUAACUGUACCACCUCCAGGUUUUCCUCCUCCACCAGGUGCUCCACCUCCAUCUCUUAUACCAACAAUAGAAAGUGGACAUUCCUCUGGUUAUGAUAGUCGUUCUGCACGUGCUUUUCCUUAUGGCAAUGUUGCCUUUCCCCACCUUCCUGGUUCUGCUCCUUCAUGGCCUAGUCUUGUGGACACCAGCAAGCAAUGGGACUAUUAUUCAAGAAGAGAGAAAGACCGAGAUCGAGACAGAGACCGAGACAGAGACCGAGACCGAGAUCGUGAUCGAGACAGAGAAAGAGAGCGCACCAGAGAGAGGGAGCGAGAGCGUGAUCAUAGUCCUACACCAAGUGUUUUCAACAGUGAUGAAGAACGAUACAGAUAUAGGGAGUAUGCAGAAAGAGGCUACGAGCGUCAUAGAGCAAGUCGAGAGAAAGAAGAACGACAUAGAGAAAGACGACACAGAGAGAAAGAGGAAACCAGACACAAGUCAUCUCGAAGUAAUAGUAGACGUCGCCAUGAAAGUGAAGAAGGAGACAGUCACAGGAGACACAAGCACAAAAAAUCAAAAAGAAGCAAAGAAGGAAAAGAAGCUGGCAGUGAGCCUGCCCCUGAACAGGAGAGCACCGAGGCUGCACCUGCAGAAUAGGCCUGGUAUAACCUUUUGUGUAUAUUAGUCCCAGAAAUAGAUACCACAAAUCUUGUUUAUUUUUCUGGAUAAUGUUUAAGAAAUUUACCUUUAAUCUUCUGUUAGUAUAAAAGCUUUUUCCCAAAAUAAAAGCGAAUUUUUCAUGUUAAGUUAAAAA